AUGCGUUUCUCUCCAGCCCUCCUUUUGGCGAUGCCCCUCGCCGCCUCCGCUGCUGAAGGUGGCCUCUUCAACCAGUACAAGGCCCAGGUCCAGGACCUUCUCCAGAGCUUCGGCUACGCUGGCGCCAACACCGCCGGCGACGCUAAGCCCGCCGAUGCCGUGCCCCAGGCCGAGCAGGAUGACUUCGAGGAGGUUGGCAGCGCCGAGGCCAAGGGUACCGAAGUCCCCGCCGACGCUCUGUCCAUCAUUACCCUAGACAACUUCAAGCAGAACCUCUACUCGUCUGUCAGGGAGGGCGCGACUACUCCCGAGGAGUGGUGGGUUUUCUUCACUGGUCGCAACAAGACCUGCGGUGAUGCUUCCCCUCCCGCGAUCACGGACAUCUACAUCAAGCGCCUCAACCUCACCACCGUCGAAGCUAAGGACAUCGCCGGGUACCUUCCUGAGGAGGGCCGCACCACCUUCCGCAAGCUGGGCGGCGACUCCAUCUUCCACCCCUUCGAUGGCCCCCUCGCCAAAUACAGUCUUCUUCUUCCCUGGCCUACCAGGACGAUGAUGACCAACCGCAUGCGAAACCACGAGGAGCGCCGUGCCGGGCAAAACGCUGCCGCUGGUGGCGCCGGUCCUGCCAACUAA